UUUUAAACGCGCUCUGCUCCCGGGCAGGAAGCAGCGGCAAGGCGGUGGAACGCCGGGCACCUGCCAGGGGAGCCCGUGGUGUGAGCACCGUGCGCAGAGUCCUGGGAGCUGAGGAAGGCGUGCAGCAGCAGGAUGGAGAGCAAGCCAGCAGUGAAUGGCCAGGCUGUUCCUGGCUCUCCUGGGGAAGACGUGCCAGGCACAAACCACUUGUGCCAGGGCGUGAUGCCAUGCAAGCAGCAAAAGGCAGCUGGCAGGGAUGCGGGGCCGGAUGCUCCUGGGGAGCCCUCGGAGACAGCUGGCAGCAUUGCAGGCGUCUAUGUAGAGGCUUCCAAGAGGAUAAUGAGCUUUUAUGAGGCCACCAGAGAGCAUCUGCUGAGCCUGGAUUCGGCCCUGUGCCUCCUGGAGGCGCAGGCAGCCACGGGCUCCAUCUCCGACCCGCUGGGGAGCCGUCGUGUGCCCGUGGCAGAAGCCGUGAGGAUGGGGCUGGUGGGGCUGGAGCUGAAGGAGAGGCUGCUCUCGGCUGAGAGAGCUGCUACGGGCUUCCUGGACCCCUACACAGAAGAGAAAAUCUCCCUCUACCAGGCCAUCCAGAAGGAGCUGGUGGGGAGGGAGCAGGGUAUCCGCCUGCUCCAGGCCCAGCUGGCGACGGGAGGCGUCAUCGACCCGGCCACCGGCGGCCGGCUCCCGGCAGGUGUGGCCUGUGAGAGGGGGUACCUGGAUGAGGAGAUGAGCCAGCUGGCCUCCGACCCCGGCCAUGAGGACAGCAAGGUGUUCCUUGACCCCAGCACGACGGAGAAGGUCACUUACUCGGAGCUGAGGAGGAGGUGUGUCGUGGAUCCGGCCUCAGGCUUCCUCCUCUUGCCGCUGCAAAUCACGUUCCCGGGGCUGCGAGGGAGGGUGAGCAGCAGGGACCUGAUGGACUCUGGCAUCAUCAGCCCUGACGUGUUCCGAGGCCUCGAGGAGGGAAGAGUCUCAGCCCAGGAGCUGGCAGAGAACGACAUUGUUCAGCACUUCCUGCGUGGGACGAGGAGCGUGGCUGGCGUUGUCCUGCCUUCCGGGGAGAAGAAGAGCCUUUACCAGGCACUGAGGGAGCAUCUCCUGGUGCCCGGCGCUGCUCUCAUGCUCCUGCAAGUCCAGGCCUCCACCGGCAGCCUGGCAGACCCCCUGAAGAACAAAAGCUACUCCGUGGAUGAGGCUGUCAGGGUUGGUCUCGUUGGCCCAGAGCUUUACGAGAAGCUGUCUUCAGCUGAGAAAGCCAUCACUGGUUACAGGGACCCGUCCACCGGAGGAAUGCUCUCCCUGUUCCAAGCCAUCAGGAAGGGCUUUGUUCCCAGGGAUCACGGCCUUUGCCUCCUGGAGGCUCAGCUGGCCACGGGGGGUGUCAUCGCCCCAGGCAGGCACCUCCGUGUCCCCAUGGAGACAGCCUGCGAGUGGGGGUACCUGGACGAGGCCACCAGGCAGCUCCUGUCCAGCCCUCCUGAUGACACCAAGGGGUUCUUCGACCCCGGCUCCAAGGAGAAGCUGAGCUAUGCAGAGCUGCUCCAGCGCUGCGUCACCGACCCCAGCACGGGGCUCCUGCUGCUGCCGCUCCCUGGGGACGGCAGCCAAGGGUCCCAGGGGACACUCAGCUUCUUUGACCACGGGACCCAGACAGCUCUGGAAAACAUUGAGGUGCCCGUCGCCGUGGGGAAAUUCAAGGGCAAGUCGGUGUCUCUGUGGAAACUGCUCUUUUCUGAGUACAUCCAGGGCGAGCAAAGAGCCGCGCUGGCUCGGCAGUUCCUGGCCGGAACCCUCUCCCUGCAAGGGCUGGGAGAGGCCGUCAGAGCCGCCGUGGAGGAACAGGCUGCCACUGCCAACCUCACCUUCGAGGGCCUGAGGGAGCAGGUGACAGCUGACCAGCUCCUGAGCUCAGAAAUUAUCAACAAAGACUUGUUCAAGAAACUCAAGGAGGGAGAAACGUCGGCCAAAGAGGUGGUCGGCAUGGACACCGUCAGGAAGUACCUGCAGGGCACGGGGAGCAUCGGGGGGCUGCUGCUCCCCGACUCCCAGGAGAAGAUCAGCAUCUACCAGGCGAAGCGGAAGGGACUCCUCAGGCCGGGAACGUCUCUGAUUCUCCUGGAGGCACAGGCGGCCACGGGGUUCGUCAUCGACCCCGCUGCCAACAAGAGGUACUCCGUGGACGAGGCUUUGCGAGCGAACGUCAUCGGCCCGGACGUGUACGACAAGCUGCUGGCGGCGGAGAAAUCUGUCACUGGCUACCGAGAUCCUUACUCAGGGGCUAAGAUCUCCCUCUUCCAGGCCAUGCAGAAGGAGCUGAUCGUCAGGGACCAUGGCAUCCGCCUGCUGGAGGCCCAGAUCGCCACCGGCGGCAUCAUCGACCCUGUCAACAGCCACCGCAUCCCCGUGGAGGUGGCCUACAAGCGUGGCUACUUCGACAAGAAGAUGAAUUUAAUCCUCUCGGACCCCAGCGAUGACACCAAGGGCUUCUUCGACCCCAACACCCACGAGAACCUGACCUACCUGCAGCUGAAGGAGAAAUGCAUCACCGAGCCCUCCACGGGGCUCUGCCUCCUCCCUCUGAACAGCAGGAAGAGGCAGUUCGUGGACGAGGCCACCAGGCAGGUGUUCAGGAACUCCUGGCUGCCCGUCAGGUUCGGGCGCUUACGGGGGGAGAAGGUCUCCGUGUGGGACCUGCUGAACUCCGAGUACUUCAGCGAGGGGAGGCGCCGUGAGAUUUUCAACCACUUCCAGCUGAGGAAGAUCGGCCUGGAGCAAAUCCGGCUCAUGCUGGAGGAGGAGAUGAAGAAAUGGGCCCCCAUCAAGUUCCCGGCCAUGAGAGGCAAUGUCAGCGCCUACCACCUGAUGGAAACCGGUGUCAUCGACAGGGCCCUGUUGGAGCAGGUGCUGGAGGGGUCCGUCACCCCAGAACAAGUCCUGCACAUGGACUCUGUCAGGAAGUACCUCUACGGCUCGGGCAGCAUCGGGGGGAUUGUGCUCCAGCCAUCCAACCAGAGAAUGAGCAUUUACGAGGCCAUGAAGCAGAACAUCGUGGUGCCAGGAGUGGCCCUGCCCCUGCUGGAGGCCCAGGCUGCCACGGGCUUCAUUAUCGACCCCGUGAACAACCAGAAGCUCUGCGUGGACGAGGCCGUCAAGGAGGGAGUCAUUGGGCCAGAUGUCCACGAGAAGCUGCAGCAGGCGGAGGGGGCCGUGACGGGCUAUAAAGACCCUUUCACGGGCAAGAAGAUCCCCCUUUUCCAGGCCAUGAAGAAGGGCCUGAUCGCCGACAAGCAGGCCAUGCAGCUGAUGGAGGUGCAGAUGGCCACAGGAGGCAUCAUCGACCCGACGUGCGGCCACCACAUCCCCCUGGAGUCGGCCCAGCAGCGAGGCUGCCUGGAUGAGGACACCAGCAAGGCCCUCUCCAAGCCCAGCGAUGACCACAGAGUGUUCUGCCUCCCGGACAGCAAAGAGAGCGUGACCUACGCCGAGCUCAUCCAGCACUGCCAGAAGGACGACGUCUCCGGCUUCCACUUGCUGCCUCUGGCGCAGACAGCUGCUCCUGCCUACACCGACGAGCAAAUCCAACGGAUUUUCAAGGAAACCAUGGUGAAGGAAAAGGGAGUCUCCCUCUGGGAGCUCGUGCACUCGGGGUAUUUCACCGAGGAGCAGAGGAGCGACUUUGUGGAGAGGUUCCGCUCAGAGGAGCUGUCGCUGGAGCAGCUGGUGGCUCUGGUGCUCAGGCUGGUGGGGGAGAUGGAGAUGAAAGCCAAGACCCAGAUCUCCCUGGAAGGCCUGAGGGGCAGUGUCCCUGUGGUCUGGCUGCUGGACACGGGCAUCAUUUCCCAGAAGACGUUUGAAGAACUGGCUCAGGGCGUAAGAACUCCCCAGGAAGUGGCUGCAAUGGAGAGCGUAAAGAGGUACUUGAAGGGCACAGGCAGCAUUGCUGGGGUCUUCAUAGAGGCAUCCAAACAGAAGAUGAGCUUCUAUGACGCCAUGAAAAACAACCUCCUCCUCCCCGGAGCUGCUCUGAGGCUGCUCGAGGCUCAGGCAGCCACAGGGUACCUGACUGACCCUGCCACAAACCAGAGGCUCAGUGUGAGGGACGCCGUGAGGGCGGCCGUGGUUGGAGAGGAGCUGUCUGAGAAACUCCUUCUGGCUGAGAGGGCUGUGACAGGCUACACAGACCCCUACACCGGGGGCUCCAUCUCCCUGUGCCAAGCGCUCAGGAAGGAGCUCAUCCCCCUGGCAGAGGCCGUGCCCUUGCUGGAGGCCCAGCUGGCCACGGGAGGGGUGGUUGAUCCCAUCCACCACCUCCACCUGCCUCUCCAGGCUGCCUGCAGGUACGGCUUCUACGACGAGGACCUGAAGCAAACCCUCUCUCAGCUGGAUGACAGCACCAAGACCUUUUUUGACCCAAACACCAAGGAGAACGUGACCUACCAGCAGCUGAAGGACCGGUGCAUUCGCGAGGCCGAGUCGGGUCUGUGGCUCCUCCCUCUGUCAGAAAACGCCAUGUUCUGCGUGGACGAACAGACCAUGAAGGUGCUGAAAUCUGUGACAGUUUGUGUCAACGUGGGGCGGUUCAAAGGACAGACCGUGUCUGUCUGGGACCUCCUCAACUCCGAAUACUUCUCAGACAGCCAGAGAAGAGAGCUGGUGCAAAAGUACAAAGACCAGAAGGCUGAAGUGCUGCAGGAAAUCACAACAAUUAUCACCACAAUCAUCCAAGAGACUGAGGCACAGGGCAAGAAGUUCGCCUUCAAGGGCCUGAGGAAAAGAGUUUCCGCCAGUGACCUCUUCCAGUCCCAGCUGAUCGACAAAAAAACCCUCGAUGAGCUCAACCAGGGGAAGAAAACAGUCAAAGAAGUGACUGAGAUGGAGUCUGUGCGCAGGUACCUGGAGGGCAGUAAUUUCAUAGCAGGGGUCCUUAUCCAGCCAAGCAAUGAGAAGAUGAGCAUCUACCAGGCCAUGUGGAAGGGCAUCCUGAGGCCAGGGACCGCCCUGGUGCUGCUGGAGGCACAGGCAGCCACCGGCUACAUCAUCGACCCUGAGAAAAACAAGAAGUUUUCAGUGGAGGAAGCGUUGGAGGCGGGUCUGAUUGGGGGGGAGAUUUUUGAGAAGCUGCUCUCUGCAGAGAGAGCCGUGACGGGCUACACUGACCCCUACACCAAAGCCCCAAUGUCCCUGUUUGAGGCCAUGAACCAAGGGCUGAUCGUCAGCCACGGCAUCCGCCUGCUGGAGGCCCAGAUCGCCACCGGCGGCAUCAUCGACCCCGUGCACAGCCACCGCCUGCCCGUGGAGGUGGCCUACAAGCGUGGCUACUUCAACCAGGAGAUGAACCAGAUCCUCUCGGACCCCAGCGAUGACACCAAGGGCUUCUUCGACCCCAACACCCACGAGAACCUGACCUACCUGCAGCUGCUGGAGAGAUGUGUCCAGGACCCGGACACGGGGCUGUACAUGCUGCAGGUUGUAAAGGAGGGAGGGAAGUACUUCUACAUCGACGAGUCCACAAAGCAGGCAUUGCGCUCAAAGCUCCUUCAAGUGAAAGUUGGGAAGUUUAAGGACCAAACCGUUUCUGUCUGGGAAGUCCUCUGCUCCCACUACAUCUCGGAGCAGAAAAGGAAAGAGCUGGUGAUGCAGUACAAGAGCAAAAACCUAGCGCUGGAAGAGCUGAUAUCCCUCAUCUUGAAAAUCAUUGAGGACACAGAGCGAAGAGGAGAAGCCCUCAAGGUCAGAGGACUGCGGGGCGAGGUGUCGGUAUCCGAAUUGUUCAACUCUGAGAUAAUCGACAAGAAAACUCUGGAUCAGCUGCAGGACGGGAGCCUCCCGCUUGCCAGCCUCGCAAAGAGGGACACCAUCCAGAGGUACCUGGAUGGCACUGGGUGCAUCGCUGGGGUUCUCCUCCCGCUGAGGAAAGAGGUGAUGAGCAUCUACCAGGCGCUGAAGAAAGGCCUCCUCACAGAGCAAUGUGCCCUGGGGCUGCUGGAGGCACAGGCGGCCACCGGCUUCCUCCUCGACCCCCGGAACCACCAGAAGCUGUCGGUGGACGAGGCCGUGUCCUCUGGGCUGGUGGGCAGCGAGCUGCACGAGAAGCUGCUGUCGGCAGAGAAAGCCGUGACGGGAUACACAGACCCUCAAACGGGAAGAAAAAUAUCUCUCUUCCAGGCUGUGAGACAGAAGGUAAUAGUCAGGGACCACGGCAUCCGCCUGCUGGAGGCCCAGCUUGCCACCGGUGGCAUCGUUGACCCCUGGCACGGCCACCGCCUGCCCCUGGAGGUGGCGUACAAGCGCGGGCACCUGGACGAGGACAUGUUCCUGCUGCUUUCAGAUCCAGAUCACGGCAGCAAAGGCUUUAUAGACCCAAACACUCACGAGAAGAUCAGUUACAGCCAGCUCCUGCAGAGGUGCGCCGAAGACAGGGAGAGCGGCUCGUACCUGCUGCAGGUCCUGGAAAAGGAAGCUAAAGUUCGUGUCUCACUCCCUGCCCAGACACGCCAGUGCCCCGCAGGAGCAGGAUUCCUCCCCGAGACGAUGAGGAAGAUGAGUGGAUGCUCCCAGAACAGCGAGCGGCACAGCCCAGGGAGCGCCCACCUGUGCCCAGGUGAGCACAAAGAGACGGGCGGGGGCGGCGGCGGCAGCUUCAUCGCCGGAGUCUUCAUCCAGGCCAAGAAGAAGAAGCUGAGCAUCUACGAGGCCAUGGUGAGGGGGCUGCUGAGCCCGGGCACGGCCCUGGUGCUGCUGGAGGCACAGGCGGCCUCGGGGCUGCUCACCGACCCCGACAGCGCCGCGCGGCUCUCGGCGAGGGAGGCGCUGGCCCGGGGGCUCGUCGGCCACGACUUCUACGAGAAGCUGCUCUCGGCGGAGGGAGCCGUGACGGGCUACUCGGACCCCUACACGGGCGACAAGAUCUCCCUGUUCCAGGCCAUGAAACAGGAUCUCAUCGUCAGGGACCACGCCGUCCGCCUGCUGCAGGCCCAGAUCGCCACCGGCGGCAUCAUCGACCCCGUGCACAGCCACCGCCUGCCCGUGGAGGUGGCCUACAAGCGUGGCUACUUUGACCAGGAGAUGAAGCCAGAUCCUUUCCGACCCCGAGACGACACCAAAGAGGACCUCUUCGACCCCAACACCCACGAGAACCUGACCUACCUGCAGCUGCUGCGCCGCUGCGUGCCCGACCCGGACACGGGGCUGCUCAUGCUGCAGCUGAUGGACAAGGGCUCCGUGCUCUACCAGCUGAGCGAGGAUGCCCGCAAAGCCCUGCAGACCGCCCGCACCUCGCUGGCUCUGGGGCUCUUCCAGGGCCAGAGCGUCACCGUCUGGGAGCUCCUCUUCUCCCGCUACGUCCCCGAGCAGCAGAGAGAGGAGCUGCUGCGGAAAUACAAGGCGGGGGCAAUGACCAUUGCGGAGAUGAUCGAUGUCCUCACCGCCACCGUCACGGGGGCAGAAAGGGACAAUGGGGCUCUGGGCUCCUCCACAGCCAAGCCCGACAACGAGGCGAGGGCGUCACCCCCAGCUCAGGACACGCAGGGCCAGGAGCAACAGCUGAGGAAGUCCCUAAAGUCCCACAGGGUCCGUGUCGCUGCUGGGGAGUUCCGGGGCCAAAACGUUUCUGUGCUGGACCUGCUCUUCUCCAGAUACGUCCCUCAGGGCAAGCGGCAGGAGCUGCUGGAGCUGUACAGGGCAGGGAUACUGACCACGGAGCAGGUGGCCGCCGUGGUCACCACCAUCGUGAACCGGACGGAGGCCGCAAGCGCCGCGCGGGUGGCGAAGGCCAGGGGCCCUCGCAGGGCAGGGGCAGAAGCUGGGGAGGAUGGAGAGGAUUGCUCAGCACGCCUGGAUGAGGCCCUGAGGGCCACCACCAUCAGUGUGCCGGCUGGGGAGCUGCAGGGACAGCGGGUGUCCCUGUGGGACCUGAUCUUCUCCGACUACAUCCCCGAGGAGAAGCGGCAGGAGCUGCUGGAGCUGUACCGCGAAAGGUUGUUAACUCUGGAGCAGAUGACAACUGUUGUCAGCACUCUGAUUAGGAAAAAAGAAUCUGCAGGCAGGAAAUUGCACAUUACAGUCAAGAGUUCCAGCAAGGACCCCGUGACAGCAGCAGGAGAGGAGGGUGAGCACCCCCCCAAAGAGGAGCCCUGGAAAACCACCCUGAAAACCACCAUGGUCCACGUGGAGGCUGAGGAGUUCCGGGGCCACGAGGUCUCGCUGUGGGACCUGCUGCACUCCCACUACAUCCCCGAGGAGAACAGGAAGGAGCUGCUGGAGCUCUACGAGGCAGGUGAGCUGUCCCUGGAGCAGGUGAGGACCGUUGUCACCACCAUUGUCACCAGGAGAGCUGCAGGAGAGCCAGUAGAGCCAGCAGAGCCAGAGGCACCUGUGGGUGGUCCCGGGGCAGAGCCGGUGGCCACAAAGGCUGAACCCACCCCCGUGGAUGGGGAUCAGAGCUGGGAGGAGACCCUGAAGGCCACCAGAGCCGAGGUGUCAGUGGGGCAGUUCCAGGGCGGGCAGACCUCCCUGUGGGACCUGCUCUUCUCUGAUUACAUCCCCGAGGAGAAGCGGCAGGAGCUGCUGGAGCUGUACCGCGGCGGGACGCUGCCCAUCCAGCAGCUGCUCAGCACCACCAGCAGCCUGGCCAGCCACAGCCUGGAGCAGCACCUGAGGGCCCUCCCCGCGCACACCGUGGAUCUGCUGCGCUCCGAGGGCUCCUACAUCACCUUCGACCCGUGCCAGGAGCGCAGGGUGUCCGUGUGGGAGCUGCUCUCCUCCAAGCAGGUCUCCGAGUACAAGCGGGAGGCGUGUCUCGACUCCUACCCCUCGGGAGGGCUGACGGUGAACCGGAUCACCGUCACCACCACCAUCACCACCGGCCCCCGGCUGGAGCAGAGCCGCCCCCGGCACCACUGAGCGCGACCCGGGCACGGCGGGGUCCGGGGCCCGGGGGGGACUUUGCUCCUGACGCCCCUCCGCGUGUCCCCGCGGUGACAAACCAGCGUGUCCCCGCGGUGACAAACCAGCGUGUGGGGCAGGCUGGGCUCGGGUAAACUCCUGCUGGCUCA